AUGCCCAAGCUGGAGCGAGCUACUGCGACGUCGCUGCCGACUCCAAAGUCGCAGCGGGUGCUGGCGUGCGUCCUGUGUCAGCAGCGCAAGGUCAAAUGUGACCGCAAAUUCCCCUGUGCCAAUUGUGCCAGAGCCCGGGUGCAGUGCAUUCCGGCAUCCCCGAUCCAACGCCGUCGCAGGUUUCCUGAGCGCGAGCUGCUGGAGCGUCUUCGGCACUACGAGGGUUUGCUUCGACAGCACAAUAUCAAAUUCAAUCCCCUCCAUGGAGACACGCCAGCUGCGAAAAGGGAGCCUCCAAAGGCAAAGGCAGGAGUAGCCACGGGGGCUGGCAAGGGCGAACCCCUCUACGAGGCCAAGAACAUCUGGGAUGCCAUGAACCCAAGGACACAACCAGAUCCUAAGGAUGACGACGAUGAUGGAAGCAAUUCCUCGCACGAAUGGGAUGAACUGAGUGAGCCCGUGGCCAAGAAGGCGUGGGAUCAGUUUGAAAGCAACCACCACCUUCUCUUCAGCUCUCGCAAGACAGCCGUCGAUCUGUCUGCACUGCAUCCAGAACAGGUCAAGAUCUUCAAACUCUGGCAGAUUUACCUGGAAAAUGUCGACCCGCUGCUCAAGGUCACUCACACUCCGACUCUGCAGGAUCGCAUAAUCGACGCCGCGAGCAACAUGGCGAACAUUAAACCGCCCCUGGAGGCCCUCAUGUUCAGCAUCUAUUGCAUGUCAAUUGUGAGCCUUGUGGAGGAAGACUGCCGUGCCAUUUUUGGCGUACCAAAAAGGGAUCUUCUGGCCAAAUACCACUUUGGCUGUCAGCAGGCCCUUCUGAAUUGCGAAUUCCUCCGGUCUCAAGAUCGUGAGUGUUUGACCGCGUCGUAUCUAUAUCUAGUCUCUGUCAGACCCUAUACAGACCCCCAGUCUCUCUCGUCCAUGCUUGGUCUUGCGAUCCGUAUUGCGCGGCGAAUGGGCCUUCACAGCGAGGCAGCGAAUUCCAAAUGCGGUGCUAUCGAGGCCGAAAUGCGUCGAAGGCUCUGGUGGUCCCUCAUCCUUUUCGACUCUCGCAUUUGCGAGACGGCGAUCUACAAGGCCGAGAUGCUGGUUCCUACCUGGGACUGCAGCACUCCGCUCAACGUUAAUGAUUUUGAUCUACAACCGGAGAUGAAGGAUCCCCCAGCGGUAUGGGGGAAAUCUAAUACUACGGAGGCCAUCUUUGCCGUAAUGCGGAGCGAGAUAGGCGAGUUCACCCGCCACAGCGCGUUCCACCUCGACUUCAUCAAUCCGGCUUUGAAGAAAAUUGCCAAGGAUGUCCAGAAUGGCCCCAUUCCGGAGGGUGGUGAGCUGGUCAAGCUGGAGAAGAUGAUUGAGGAUCGCUAUCUCAAAUUCUGUAACCCAGAGAACUCACUCCACUUCAUGACGAUCUGGUCAGCGCGAAGUCUCCUGGCUAAAAACCAUCUCAUUGAACACUAUUCACGGGUCUCAAUGCCAACGUCAUCAUCCAUGGAGCAGAAGACAGGUGCGCGGUGCGAUGCUGCCACUUCCUAUGCGCUGAGCAUGGUCGAGAGCGAUACGAAGCUCAUGACUUCCCCGCUGACGAAACGAUAUCGCUGGUUCAUUGAGCUCCAUUUCCCAUUUCCUGCAUAUGUUCACGUCUUCCAAGAGUUAAGAAAACGACCCGUCCGGGACAACACUCGACAGAUCUGGGAAAUUAUGAGCGGUAACUGCAAGGCCCGCGGCAUGUUUUCGGACCCAGACGAUAAUUCUCCUACGACUAGUAACAAUCCAUUCUUUAAAGUCCUUUCCAAAAUGGUCCUCCAGGCCUGGGAAGCAUGUGAGAUCGCAUAUAACCAAGCGGGAAAGCCAGCCGUGCCGCCGCGGAUUGUUUCAGAAGUCCAACAGAAAGUAGCGCAAACGACUCAGACUUGUGCGCGAAAGCAAAGUGCCAAUAAUAAUAUUAUUAUAGAAGGGGAACAAGCCGAUGGUGGUGAUGAUAAUAAUAAGAAUAAGAGUAACAAUAAUAUUUGUGGCAUGGGUAUUUUGGACGACUUUUCGAUAUCUAUGGACUUUGAAGGGCUGGAGGCAUACCCUAGCCUGUCUGUACCGGACAUGGACAUUGACGGGAACCAGCUGGAUUGGGACACGAUAAUGAACUGGCAUCCGGUCGGACGCAUGGAGUAA